AUUGAGACUAGUUCACCCGUCGUCGCGGCUAGCCAGGGCGUAAUCCAACUUAAUUGCAUCCACGAGGAGUCAGCCAUAGAUUCCGCAGCUUAGAACUCAUGAUGCUAUUGCCGCAUUGGAUAGGAUAUGCAUGUUUGCAUGUUCCUCAAUUAUAAAUCAUCACUCGGUCGGUCGAAAUGUUGCUCCGGGAAAGUUGGUUGUGAAGUAUAUAAGAGCAGUCGAGUUUCGUUGUUUUGAAGGCCAUCACAUCGGCUUCUGCUUCUUUACCAAUACAUCUAUCUAUUUCACCACCCAAAACAAUUCAUCAUGGUUGUUGUCGCAGUUAUGGGAGGGACGGGAAGUGUGGGUAGGACGAUAGUUGACGCGCUCAAAGAGGAUGGGAAGCACAAGGUCAUUGUGCUCGCUCGAAAGGUCCCAGAGGGUGAAAACGCUGCUCCAGUGUUCGCUGUUGACUACGACAACAUCGAACAGCUCACCAAAACCCUGGAUGCGAACGAUGUUCACACCGUGAUUUCCACCAUCAUGAUGAUAGACCCGAAAGCAGCGCAAGCAGAGAUCAAUAUGAUAACAGCGGCGGGUCAGUCGUCCUCCACAAAACGCUUCGUAGCGAGCCAUUGGGGCAAUGCCACGCCAGAUGACGAGUCUAUACGGCUACCAUUCAACAGCUUCCGAGACCAGAGCGCCGAAGCUCUUCGCAAGACCGACCUCGAAUGGACGCAGAUCCACAACGGGCACUACUCCGACUACUUCGGUAUGCCGCACGUCGACACCCAUCUCUCUCCGCUUGUAUGGGCCGUCGAUAUUGCCCAUAAAAUGGCUGCCAUUCCUGGUUCCACUGGUGAUGAAGUUCUGUCGUUUACUUACACCAAGGACCUGGGAAAAUUUGUGGUUGCAGCGCUAAGCUUGCCAAAGUGGGAGGAGGUUUCGUAUUGCUAUAGUGACAAUGUGUCACUGAACCAGUUGAUCAAGAACGCCGAGGAGGCUACUGGGAGCAAAUUCAAAAUCACCUACGACUCGGUUGAGAAGCUCCAGCGGGGUGAGGUCACCGAGCUUCCAUCCAACCCAUACUCGUACGACUACAUUCCCAAGCCGCUUCUUGCAGUGGUGCUGUCUAGGUUCGGCUUGUGGGUUGUCAAUGGUGUUGUGCAUAUUCCAAAAGAAGGAUCCCUGAACGAGAAAUUUCCAGAGAUCGCCACAACGAGCGUCAAGGAAGUGGUUGACGCUUGGAAGGGCAAGUGAACGAUCCAUCGUUAGAUAGGGCUCAAGUCAUGGAAAGGCACGAGGAUGAAGUUAAU